AGAACUCUGAAUCGUACUAAUUCGCUUUGUUCGAAUGAGACGAAAUUCCAGUACUUAUGUAUAGUCCAGCCUCAGUCAGAGAAGGUGACGCCUGAUGUUGUGAAAGCAAAGCCCAUCGUAGAGUUACUUUGCUGCUAGGCUAAAGAUGGGUGGUUAAUGAGUACGGAAGGCAGGCACAGUAGGGCGCGGUCGGCUGCAGGGGCUGACAUUCUGUAAACACACACGCACACACGCACACACAUGUUGAGAUGAAGCCAUCAUGUCCGCGUUUCUUACGUUGUCACUGGCGUGUAACAUCGUCGGGCUUUCCCAAUGUUUAUCGUCCGAAGUUCAUCUCCGCUGCACUAUCUACUGCCGCAUCCGCAGGGCUGAUCUGCCAAGGUGAAGGGGGUACGCGAUUCCGACUUGUCCGACCUCGCGGAACACCAGCACACGACAAAGCCUCCAACGUGUGGCUAGCGAUAGACGAAUCUAGACCUGAUGCUGAGUACAUUAGCAAGCUACCGCCUGGAGACAACAACGACAGUCCGUGGUCCAAUACUGCUCUCGCUGCUUUCAAGCAUGAAUUGGAGAUGCAAAGACUGUUUGCAAAGGAUCCUAUGAUUCGCAGACUCGCGGAUUACGUUCCUGAGUCGGAGCCUGUUGGACCGAUGAUGGUCCUUGAAGCAUUUACGGACUCGCUCUGGGAUGCUCGGAAUGCUAGGCCCUUUACUACGAAGGAAAUCAAGUGGAUUAUGAAGGGGGUACUCCUUGGUAUUUAUACGGUCCAUAUGAGAGGACUGGUUUAUACAGAUCUAAAGAUGGAGAACGUUGUACUUGGAGGGUUCGAUUCCUCCAAGCCAAGUGAGAAUUUUCGUGAUCUGAUCCUAAAACUGGCAGAUUGCGGUUCUAUUAGCAAACCAUCUACCAGAGAGAUCACUUCCCUCACAUAUCGAAGUCCCGAGGUCCACUUCGGGAAAUCUUGGACUUCGAGCACAGAUGUGUGGUCCUGGGGGAUAAUAUUAGCCCAAUUGUUCCAGGCCCAGGUGGACUUCAGAUCAGCGGGAAUUUACGAUUCAAUUCAAAAACUUGCAAUUGACUUUGACUUGUCAUCGCUGCCAUUCUAUGCUAAGGACAAACAAUGCGCCCGGAUCUUGCCUACCCCACAACCAGAAAGGGCAUACAUGUGGGCGAACAACAUGGUUGAGAAAGGUGUUCCGGGUAAUGAUAUCCAAUUUUUGGUGGAGGUUCUACACCCAGAUCCAAACGCACGCCUUACGGUGCGUGAGAUCCUCGAAAGUGGAUAUCUGGACGGCUAAGUGGGAUUAAGUUCUGUUUUCACCAUGCAUCGCCGGCGCCAAGUCGGAAUUAUUGAAGCGCCCGCGAAGUCUUCGUUACGGAUCUUGAGGUCUCUACAUGAGCAGCUGACUAGUCGGGGACGUAUGUAAAAUCAAAAACGCUUCAGACCUGAUUACUGGAAACAAUCACAGUAUUGUAAAAGUUCAAAAACAAAAUAAUACAUACAACAGAAGGGAUUCGCUGGUGGUCACCCACCCAACUACUAACCUCCCGGCGUGUGGCUUGAGUACGG